UUAAUCAAAGCACCAGCAAAGGUGAUUGCAAAGAGACGAUGUUUGUUAAUCAAGUGACUGAGAAUGAGUGGUCACUUUGGAGUAAUUGUUCAACUGUUUGUGGUAAAGGAACUCAGUUCAGAACUCGACAAUGUUCCAACAACAUUAAUUAUAGAAGUGGAGCUGCUUGUCAGCGUAUAGAUACAGAGUAUCGUACCUGUAAGAACUAUUUUUCCUGCUAUGUUUGUACGAAGCGUUACAAGAAAUGUUACAAUAUAAUUCCCGAACUAACAAACUGGCGGCAUGCCGGACAUGAUUGUUGGAGAAGAAAUAUGAAAUUGGUGUCGAUCAACUCUCUAGAAGAGCUUCGUUUUGUGAAGCAACUCUUGCGCAGAGAGACACAGUUUACACAUGACCGCCCAUCAUUGGCGUUUGAUAGCCUUCAUAGUAGUAUCAGCUUCUAUACUCACAUUGGAGUGUACAGAGUUAUGAAGAAGAAUAAUAUAAUACGGGAUUUAGCUGAAGAUUAUAAACCAAUUAUCUUCUCCGCGUGGAAAAAAGGAGAGCCUUCGGAUAAGAGUUGUACUCGGAUGAACUUUCAGAAUUAUAACAAAGACAACACAUGGGAAACAGAGGAUUGUGAAACAGAUCUUGCUGAAUACUAUGUUUGUGAAAGAAGUUUUGAAAAGAACAUACAUGGUAGAGACAUUAAUACGCGUUUUCCAGCGUUCAGUCUAGAUUGGAAAACAUUACCUGGACAGCAAAUAAAAACAACAGAAUACUCAGGAAAUGUAAAUACAACAGACAAUAAUGCUCAUUGCUUACACUGGGCGAAUCUAACUAAAGAAAAUAUGAAACAAAACGACAUGUGGUGGCAAAAGUUUUUCCCCGAGGAGGAGGAGGUUUCCAAUGUUAACGAUACCGAGGAUGGUGAUGAGAAAGAUAAAGAAACUGGUUUAUAUAUGUAUCGUGAUUACUCACAAGGUACAAGAUAUGAUCACAAUUACUGUCGCGAUCCUGGAAAUGAUGGAUUUCUUGGCUGCUAUACAAAUGAGGGUUAUUCAUCUUGCACAUUUGUUUUGCCAGCAUCCAUGAAUUCUGAGAUGACCUAUCAGUAUCGUGGUAAACAAAACACAACCUUCUCUGGUAAGACAUGUCAGCGAUGGGACACCAACUUUCCGCACGAGCAGGAGUUAAGUAAAUAUGACUAUGGCGGCGAACCUUUGAAAGACAAAGUCAAUUAUUGUCGAGAUCCCUGGGAUGCAGGAUAUAUAUGGUGUUACACUACUGACAUUGACACACGAUGGGAACCAUGUGUUGUUGAAGACCCAAUUUCCAAUCGAUGUUCAACUAUUACGCAAAAAGACUUCAGAGUAUUAAAUACAACGUUUUCUGGUAAGAAUUGUGAAAUAUGGAAAACUGACAAGGCUGGAAGCGGCAUUUCAACUGAAGUUGUAGAUAAUUUUUGUCGUGACAUGUUUGAUGAAGGUUUCAUCUGGUGUUAUAUUGACCAUACAAACAGGAUCAGAGAGCCAUGUUUCCCCUUCGAACAUAGUCACCACGAGACAUCAUCACGUGACGGCUCAGUUUUAAGAAAAAUGUUUACAUGUACCAAUGGAGACGUUAUAAACGAAGAAGAUGUUUGUAACAGAAAAAUAGAUUGUCUUGAUUUAUCUGAUGAGAUAGGAUGUUGGCAAAAUUACUCAAAACAUUACCUUCUAAAGAAUGUGAAGCUAGAUGCUGUGUUUAUUGAACAUGGUUUGGUGUACCAUUGUGGAAGUUUAGAAUGGAUAUCUCUGAUAGCAAGAUGUGACGGUGUGAUAGACUGCCUAGAUGCGUCUGAUGAACUGGACUGUUUAUACUUGUUAACAGAUGAAGAGAACUGCGGAGAAGACGAGUUUAGAUGUACAGCUGGAGACUGUAUCCAUAUUAGCCAAAUUUGUGAUUUUAUCGUAGAUUGUACCGAUGCUUCGGAUGAAUUUUGUGAAAGGGACAUCUGUAACAUUGACGAAUAUCAGUGUGAGGAUGGGCAGUGUAUAUUAGCUAUACAACGAUGUGACGCAUUCAUUCAUUGCCUGGACGGUAGUGACGAGCAACUCUGUGAAACGUGCAACGAAGACCUCGCAUUUCACUGCGAUGUUGUCAGAUGUAUUCCGAAACGAUUGAUUUGUGAUGAAUACACAGAUUGUCUUGAUAGGAGUGACGAAAAUUCUUGUAUGGAACCUACAUUUUCCUCAUGUGAACAGUGGUGGAGGAAGGGUUUCAGGAAGACAGGACCUUAUGUUAUAAAUGGAAUCAACGUUCUGUGUGAUUUUAACUCUAUAUAUACAUCAAAUGUCAUAUACACAAUAUAUAACAAUAUUGACAUUAUAUGGCACAAUGAAACAAAGACUGGUAAUAUGUAUGUAAGAGAGAGCAAAAGGGAAUCGGAUGCUAAUUUUGUAGAGGCGUUUGCUACUGGCAAUUGCAUUCAGCAGAUAAAGCAAUCAUGUGACUAUGUGCACACCUCAAUCGAGACAUAUCAUGAAAGAAGACAGGAAUUCGAAGCUGUUGACUGUGUUUGUUUGACACAAACUAUUACAAAACCUACAGAAAUAACAAACAACACAUGCAAUGAAAACAUAUCGGCCGGAGGUGAGCUAAUAUUUACUUACAAAUUGGCAGGAUACUUCCGAACAAUAAAACUUUUGCCGUCACACAGUAGCCUGUAUCAGAUCGAAGUUGGAAAUCUCACAUGUGCAUCAGAAUACAAUCACACUGAAGAUGGACUGGUGUGUGAGAAAGACGUAAAAGUAAUACCUGAUGAGCUUAGAUGUGUGUAUGAUGAAGAUGCUGCUGGCUUUGUUACAGGAUGCAGAUCCAGGAGUCAUUUAGAAAACUGCGGAAACUUUUCAUGUCCUCAUUCGACGGCAAAAUGUCCAGGAAGUUAUUGUAUUCCUAUACAGUUUAUAUGUGAUGGAGAAAUACAGUGCCCUGGAGGAGAAGAUGAAUAUAUGUGUAAUUGCAAUAGUUCUGACACGGAAAUCAUCAUACUUGUCAACAAGCCUUUCUACACGAGUCAUCAAGAUAUAGUUGAACAUUUUGCAAAGCAAUUCUACAACUUAAACAAUAUUGUUCGAAUUCUUAGUUAUGAAACUAGACGUCCCCUUGUAGCAUUUAGUUUAAACAAAGUACAGCUUGAAAUAAAUGAUAAGCAAUUACAACCUGAUGAUGUUGUCAAACGUCUUGAAGAAUGCCAAUACAAAAUACUUGCUGAAAGCUUUAUACCUUCUCUACGUUUUACGAAAACGGCUACCAAUGCAUUAGUGUUUCUAGACACGAACGUCGAAACCAAUGAUUUAGCAAAUGAAAUAUUUGGAAAGGAAUUUAGUUCUAGCCAAAACUCUGAUCUGGUAAUCUAUCGCAUAAGAGAGGAGCCGAAUAUAAUAAAAACUAUAAGAAAAGACUCUUCUGUUAUAAGAGAUGUUUUUAUCCGGAGAUGGAAAGAGUUGUCAGCUAUAGGUGCAGGUUAUUUCUCCAAAAUUUGUGAAGGAUCAACCAUAAUGCAUACGCCUACAAGUUUCAGAUGUUCUUCGAGUAAAACUUUGAUCAAAGGGGAUCAGAUUUGUGACGGUAUAACUCAAUGUAUCCAUGGAGACGACGAACGACUUUGUAACUUUAAAUGUCCUACAAACUGUCAAUGUGUUGGUCUUUCGGUGGACUGUUCAAAUAGAAACAUCAGCAUGUAUAUACUGCAACAUAUAUCUAAAACUACCCGCCAGUUGGACCUAAGUUACAACAAAGACUUAAACAAGAUCACCGACAAAUCCCAUCUUAACAUUGCAAGAUUAAUAAGACUUAACCUAUCUCAUUGUGACAUUGAAAAUAUAUCACGUUUUGCCUUUCACAGCGUGCGUCACCUUUUGACACUAGAUCUCAGUUUUAAUAGAAUCAAAAUUUUACGUCAUUUUACUUUUGAAGCUUUGGCACAUUUAACAAUUCUAAAUAUGGUAGGUAAUGCAGACAUAUCUAUGAUUGAGUCAAACGCAUUCAAAGGCCUAACAAAUAUAAAACGUCUUGAUCUUGCUGAAGGGAAAUUCAGAAAACUGUUUCCAAAUACAUUCGCUGGACUAUCAUUAGUUCAUUUAAAUCUCUCUGGUGGUAGAAUCACGGAAAUCCAACCAUUGGCAUUUAAUGAUUUAUCUGUUGAAACUUUAGAAAUCGACAAUAAUGACAUAACGACAUUUUAUCAAGAUAUAUUUAAUGGUGUAUUCAAUCUAAAAACGUUACGAACACCAGAAUAUAAAUUUUGUUGCGUACGACCAAGUUACUUGAGAGAAGAGGACUGUCUACCUUCUAAGGACGAAUUUUCUUCUUGCGAUGAUUUAAUGAGGUUGUCAGCUCUUCAAACCAUGUUAUGGUUUAUUGGAUUAACAGCUUUCUUUGGAAACCUGCUGUCUAUCGUGUAUAGACUGAAGUAUGAUAAACAACGUCUUAGACUGGGCUUUGGAAUUUUCGUGACAAAUUUGGCGUUAGCAGACUUUCUUAUGAGCCUGUACCUCAUAAUUGUUGCGAUAGCAGACGCUGCCUUUAGAAACAGAUACAUUUUUAUGGACGAUUACUGGAGAAGUAGUGUAUGGUGCAAGAUUGCCGGAGUUCUGUCAACGAUAUCAUCUGAAGCCAGCAUAAUAUUCAUUUGUCUGAUAACAAUUGACCGAUUACUUGUUGUUAAAUUCCCAUUUGGACAAUUUCGGUUAAAUAAAACAAGAGCAAACGUUGCAGCCGGAGUAGCAUGGCUGUUUUCUAUCACCGUUGCUAUUAUACCAGUCAUUUACGUCAGCUACUUUGAGGAUAAAUUCUACUCCAAAUCCGGUGUUUGUAUUGCUCUUCCUUUGACCAGAGAUAGACUACCUGGCUGGGUGUACUCAGUCUCAAUUUUUGUUGGACUUAACUUUGCAACUUUUGUUUUAGUGGCUAUCGGUCAGAGUUUUAUAUUUUUUGAAAUAAAAGCUACUAAAAUGAAUUCGGCAAUUUUGUUUCAAAAGCGACAUAAGGACCUGAAAAUAGAAAGGAAUCUCUUACUGGUUGUGGCUACUGAUUUUCUAUGUUGGUUCCCUAUUGGUGUAAUGGGUAUGAUGGCGUUACAAGGUCACGUGAUUUCAGGCGACGUAUACGCAUGGUCAGCUGUGUUUUUACUUCCGGUUAAUUCCGCUCUUAAUCCAGUACUUUAUACGCUUACUGCCAUACUUGGAAAAAAGAAAUUUUCACCAAACACUGAUGAACAGAACAGUAAAAUUGCAAUCGAUGAAAUGGGCUUACAUAGACUUGAGACGUUCAACAUAGGACGAUUCUUUCACGAUUUACAACGACAAACAGGAGAGUUCAUGAGUCUCAGUGCAAUUAUAGACAGCAAUAUGAAACUAACAACAAAAACUGUCCUAAAGAUCAGCUAUAGGCUUGCGCAGAGUUUGGAUACAAUGCAUAGUGGUUCAAUGUUUGUAGGGAACCUUAGUGCUGACAAAGUCCUGGUGUAUGUCAAGAAUAAUCAGAUUAUUGGUGACGUUCGGUUUCGAGGACAACCUUGCAUUAAGAACACACGUGACGACACAAGUGAAGAAAUUUAUCAGAUGGGAAUCUUAAUACGUUCUCUUUACAAAUCAGAAAACUUUAUGUCGAAAAAAAAAGUUCAGAGGGAAAACAGUACAAACAUUUAAUAAGCGUUAAUUACUUAAAACUUUAAUAUGUUCUAAGCAAUAAAAAAUGUUUACACGUGAUAUUUUCUAAGUAAACAGAAACAGUCCAAAGUUUAUAUCUUCCUUAUAUGAAAAUAAGAAGUUUUAAUACAUAAAAAUCUAAUUAAUAUUUGAGAAACAGUAAAGAAACAAAUUUUUGUUGAGUUGUCAUACCCGUGUUUUUGAUCGCCAAUACGUCUUUAUAAAUCUGUCCACGUGGUAAGAAACUCGUGUUCUUAAUGAUUCACUGUACUGUAUAUAACUUAUCAACGUAUGUUACUGUGUUUGUGAGUUUUUGUUUUAUAGUCUUAUGUCAUUUAAUUUCUAAUUUUAAAUAUUUUUUGUCUUAGUUUUAUAUUUUUACUAGACAUUUAAAGCUUCAUUAUUUUUAAAAUAUCACGACAGCAUUUGACCCUUCCCAAAAUAUCUGCGCAUAAUCUAUGUGAGUAGAAUUUAGGAGAUUAUGCCCAUGGUAGGAACAGACGCGAAAGACAAAGGCUAUAAUAUGCAAAAUAAUCAGGAUUGAUUUGCUUUUCAUAAAUAUUUGCUUGUAGCCUUGCAAUCAGCAUUAUGAAAUCCGUACUAAAUUUGUUAAAAGAUAUAAUCAUAUAAACACUUAGUUUGUGUAAGUUUUUAGUAACAGUUCGCCAGGAAUAAAGUAUAAAAAUUCAUUUGAAUAGACAUGUAGAUCUACUUAAUUUGCUAACUCCACUACUGCUUUACAAUAAUAGAAUUUCAGUUUUGAAAAAACUGAAAAAUAAAAAUCAAAAAAGAUUUAUUUUCAGUAGAAUCAAAAAACGUUUUCUAAAAACGUGUUUAAGAGCAUAUAUUUUACAUCCUGAACAAACAUGUUAACACAGGCUACUUUGUAAACAGUUCAGGCACUACUGCAAGAUCUGAACUAAUUUAAUGUUAUUUUUAUAAACAUGUAUACAGUUAAUGUACUUGUCUUAUAUUACAAUUCCAUGUUUUAUCGUGCUGUUAACACUAGAUCAUGUUAAUGGCGGCGCCCAUAAUUUCGAAUGUAAAUCUUGUUUUUGUCGAAAUUUACUUCUAUUUCUUCAUUAACUGUACUGUACGUCCAGCCGUAUCAAUAUUAUUUCCAU